ACAGUAGCCGUUACCACCAAUAUAUAAAGCCCCACUUUUCCCUUGUUAUGAUAUAGUUCAACGAGUUUGAAAUGGUCAGUUAAAAAUGGGUGAACCUAAUUGUUUUCAGUGAAAUUACGCUUUUAUAUCGAGAAUUGGCUGCAAAAAACAAGAGAAAGGAAAUGGUGUAAAUAAAAACAACAUAUAUUUCAUACUACUCGUCUAUACCCUAGUUCUUAACGUCUUGAUCGAUCAAGACGUACAUGACUGAUUGUGUUGGACUUAAGUCAUGCUAGAGGCCCAGGUCAUGUGCAAGAUACUGUUACACUGUUUGGUGGUUGCCAUGGUAACGGCUGCGGAUCGUUCGGCCAAGCGGAGCAGCGAUCCCGUGGCGGACACAUGUUCACCGCUGUGUCAGGACGAGACUACGGCUGAGCUUCAAUGUGCCGAGGAGUACGGAUGUUUUGAUGCCAAAGUUCAAGAAAACUCCGACUUGUUCUUAGAUUGCUGGUCGCCGUGUUGGGGUUUGGCCAGCAAGUGUUUCAAACUGUGCACCGAGAGCUUCAACGACAUCCUGCAGCAGUGUUUCGGUAUGUGUACACCAACAGACGAGAGCGAGCCGUGUGUCUCAUCGUGUUUCGAACUCAUGUUCUUGGAGCUGAAGGAAGGCACACUGCACCCCGACCACAAUACCACCCAGAGAAACGAAUCAGAGAUCAUCCAAUCAGAGAUCAACCAAUCAGACACGACCUUGGAUUCAAUUCAAGAGGCCACAACAACAUUAUCCAACCCUCCAGCUGAGGAUGUUGGCAACCUCACGACAACCCAAGAAUCUGUCAAAGCCAUUCCCAGCGUCCUCAGACAGCCAGAAAUGACGAAAACUUUGAGAUCUGACAAAUCUCAUUCGAUCCAAGUUCUCUUUGACGUCAUGGUCUCAGCCUUAGACUUGGAUAAAAAUAGCUCACCACAGAGUAACGACACUACAGUCUCGACACACAACACAACAGACGAGACGUCCAACUCCCAACAGGAAUACCCUAGCUCAGACGUCCCGCGCGAGGAAUACCAAACAGAAGCAGACGGCGAGCCGUCGUCUGCUUCCCGUCAGCGAGCCUACCACCAGAGCCACGCCGGACUUCUAGAACUGUUCCAGCCCCGCAGCCAACAUCUGAGCAACCAGCUCAAACUUAAACUCGACCCUAAGACAAACGACGACAACACUGACGACAGUCGGCGAAUCAUUCGUGGAAACAACGACACCGGUUCUACUGAAGUUAUCGGAGACGCUAAUGAGAAGAGGAUGUUGAAUAUAAGUCUGCCAGACCCGGGGUUCUACCAUCGUGGGGACACAGCCGCCUAUGACAGGUACAAGAAUGAAGUUUUGCGUCAAAUUAAUUUGUACUUUAUGAAGACGCAGCAUUUCUUUGAUGCCCUGCCCACAGACAAAUCUUUUCAAAACAAACUUUCACUGCUCAGUCGAGCUACUGGGUCGUAUGACGUCAGUUCUAUUUUCAUCCAAAGUUCAAGGUCACCUGACAAUAAUCCGGUGUUGAUUGGUUAAAAAUCAGAAAACUUUGAAA